CACAAACGCACGCCUGUGUGUAGUUGCUGAACGCAUAUCCCUAAUAAUCAAAGAUGUCCAGAAAGGUUAAGGAGGAAUAUCAUCGUUUCUUUUCCGUGACUGAUACACGCACCCACGAGAAAGGACAUACGGAAUACAAAGUUAUGGCAAGGUUUGUGUCAAAGAGAAGACCUGAAAAUGUGAAAGAGGUGGUGGUAUGGCGUAGGUACUCAGAACUGAAAAAGCUGCAUGGGGAACUCGCCUACACCCACAGGAACCUCUUCCGACGGCAAGAGGAGUUCCCCCCCUUCCCCCGCGCACAGCUUUUUGGGCGGUUUGAUGAAGCGGUUAUUCAGGAAAGGAUGAAGGCUGCUGAAGCCAUGCUGCUUUUCACCACCAACAUCCCAGCACUGUACAAUAGCCCUCAGCUCAAAGAUUUUUUCAGGGGUGGGGAGGUGACCCGGCCGCUGGACCCCUCGUCCGUGUCCUCCACCGAUCUCCCUCCCCCGCUCAUCCCGCUGCCCAAGGGCUCGUCCACCACGCUGCAGGCCGAGGAGGAGCAGGGCCACGAGGCGCCCCUCCUGCCCCAGGAGCUGGACUCGGACGCCGGCUCGGAGGGGGACGAGCCCGAGGUCGGGGUGGAGGCCUACGGGGAGAUGGAGAGCGGCUCGUCCCCGGCCUCCCCGGCGAAGGAGCUGGCGGAAACGCGCGCAGAGUCGCCGGAAGUCACCGGAACAACGGAGGAAGCGGAGAACAACGGAACAGAAGAACCGCCAUCUGCCAGAGAUGCCUCUCCCGCACCCCCGGCCUCCACCACAGAGAAGCCUGAUGAAUCUCAGGAGGAAUUUGAUUUGCUCUUUGACACGGCAGGGGAGGGGCCUGUGGACAACGCCCCGCCCCCUCUCUCUGACACUGACCUGGCUAUCUUCGAUCCAUGUGCCAAAGAAGACCAACCUUACGGUUCGUUUGACAACUCCGAGCUGCUCGCCACAGCUGUGGCCAAUGAGAGCGGCGAGUCGGCCGGGGAGGCGGGAUACCUGGCCCAGGCGGCCAAUGAGCUGAACGCUGCCCUGGAGAAGGAGAAGGCAGGGGACUUCGGCGCGGCCAUCCUGCAAUACAGAACAGCGGUCGAUAUUCUGAUCAAAGGUGUACACGGAGACCCAGACCCUCAUCGCAGGGACUCUGUGAAGAAGCGAACAGCUCAGUACCUGCAGCACGCAGAGACGUUGCUCAACCUGCACUCCCCCGCACACACUCCCACACACACUCAGCACCAGAGCACAUAGAGCCGCUCCGCACGCACACACACACACACGCGCACACACACACACUCCCACAGACACUCAGCAACACAUAGAGCCGCUCCACACACACACACACACACACACACACACACACACACAGCACCAGAAUACAUAGAGCCGCUCUUCUACAGACCCCAUUUACAACUGUGGCACUUGAACACACACACACACUCACACAUUGUCUCACACACACCUCUACACACAGACACACACACACACACAUAGACAUACUAUGUGCCGACUCCAUUAUUUCCAACACAGCCACCUAAAUAUAGCUUGUAAACACUGUUAUGUAGCCACUAAUGGGACCAUUGGCACACCUGUUUAGGUUUAAACCAGAAAAAAACCCACUCCCACCUAUUUUCUAUGAAAACAAUUUUCACACACACAAAGCACAUAUAUGGUGGAUGGACACAGCGAGAUUAAUCAACCGCCAUUAGAUCAAAGAUGACAAACAAACACUAAAACACACACACGCACGCACGCAGGUGCACACAGAGAAAGAGAACGCAAGCUCGCACGAAGCUCACACAAACUCGAAACGUCUUUACACUCAUAAGUCACCGCGCGCCCCUUCAGAUUAUCCACGGUACGUUCGCGCUCUUCCGCCCGAAGUGCGUACGUACACCCACACCCGAUGACUCCCCCCUCCCGAGCUCUCAGUGCCUCUUCAGCACACCUACGGACACUCACGGCACCUACUCCACGGCAUAAAUAUCACUAUGCAGACACUUUAAAGCACAAGUGGGAGGACUCCUUGUGUAUACGAAGAAGGACUUGACUGGAAACCAGUAUUUUAGAAACUAAAAUCUACUGUGACCUACAUACUCUUAAAAAAAAAACACAAACGCCUUAACGAGUGUCCUUGCAGCCUCUGUAUUUAUCUAAACUUUAAUUUAUAUACCCUUUUGAAAUGUUCAUACGCGCAUGUAUGAUGCCAUUGUAAAUAAUGUCUUGUUUCUAUGUUGUAAGGUAUUUUGUACAUAAGAGAAAUAGACUGGAAUGAUCAAA